UUAAAAACAGAAAAUAUACAACGUUUUUCUUGGAUUUUUUUUUCUCUUCUCGCGCUCUGGUCUCAAGCUCGAGAUCGCGUUUUAAAGCUCAGAAGCUUGAAGCUCUCUUGUUCCCUCUCUAUCUACCUCUCUCCUCUUCUCUCUCAUCAGAAACCCUAGAAAUUGGGGCUUCUUCCAAUGUCAAACUCCAAUAUAGAGGUUAGUUUGUUUUUACUCUGUCUUUUCUCUUUUGAUUUCUUGAAUUUUGUUGGAUAAAUAUAGCUGGGUUUUGUUUAUUCGUCUAUUUUCUAUUAAUCCCCUCAAUUGUGAUGUUGGAGAAGAUAGAACUCGAUAUAUAGCUUGAGGAGGGUCAUAGCUUUGUUAUAGCGAGGUGAGGUGAAGACUUGGCCUAAUUUUCAUUUCCUUUCUUUUUAUGUGUAAAUAGAAAAGUUGCUUCUCCUCCGGUCCCAGUACUGCUAGCCUAUAAUCUGAAUUUGGAAUUGUCAUUAUAUGAAGCAUUGGACCUCUGUCCCUGCUUCCAUAUCCUCAAGCUGGAAUGCUUCGGAUUCCACUCCCUGCCACUGGACACUUUGAUUUGGCCUUGUCUUGUCACCAUUAUAUAUAAUGUGCUCCAUGUAAUGGAUCCUUAGCUUAAGAUGUAAUGGAGGAAAUUAUCGUAAUUCAGCAUGCCCUUUCGGAAUGCUAUUUAAAUCUAUCUAUCCCCUUCUUUUUCUUCGCUCAAAUUUGCAGUGUACAGUAGAGUAGGUAGUUUGGUUGAGGAGGGGGAUUUUUUUUUUUUUUUUUUUUGGGUUGGGUUUAAUUAAACAGUAUGGUGCGGAGACUGAGUGAUGCAUUUGAGUGAAUUCUGAAAAUGGCGUCGCUUUGGCUGGUCUCUCGCGCUUCGCGUAGGUUUCUGAAACCUUCACAUUCUUUCUCCCGCACCCUAUUUGCAGUUUCUUCUACUUACCAAUUAACCACCAACUCGAAAAAUCCUAAUCCUAACCCUUAUCCCAACGCAACCCUGUUGGGCCCAUUCACUCAAGGGCACCGUUGGACUCCCAGUUGCGUCGAAUUUGAUCUCAGACUCCUAGCGCACAUCUCCAGCUCGUCUUCAUCUACAGGCGCCAAGAACUACGGAAAUCGGGCCAGCAAUGACGCCAAGGUUGAAGUUGAGGCUUCUUGGAUCGACUUGUAUUUGCCGAGACAAGCUCGCCCUUAUGCGAAGCUCGCUCGCCUCGACAGGCCAAUUGGCACCUGGUUGCUCGCUUGGCCUUGUAUGUGGUCAAUAACAUUGGCAGCAAGCCCAGGACAUCUUCCUGAUUUCAAGAUGAUGACAAUAUUUGGAUGUGGGGCUCUGCUCUUAAGGGGCGCUGGAUGCACCAUAAACGAUCUCCUUGACCGGGAUAUUGAUACCAUGGUAGAACGUACAAAGUUGCGGCCAGUUGCAAGUGGUCUUUUGACACCUUUUAAGGGGCUUUGUUUUCUUGGAUUUCAAUUGCUUUUGGGUCUUGGAAUUCUCCUUCAACUGAAUAAUUAUAGCCGCAUUUUGGGGGCUUCAUCGUUGUUGCUAGUUUUCUCGUAUCCUCUCAUGAAGAGGUUGACAUUCUGGCCUCAAGCCUAUCUAGGUUUGACCUUUAAUUGGGGAGCUUUAUUAGGAUGGGCUGCAGUUAAAGGAAGCGUUGAUCCAGCUAUAGUGCUCCCAUUGUACCUUUCUGGAGUUUGCUGGACACUUGUGUAUGAUACGAUAUACGCACAUCAGGAUAAGGAAGAUGAUCUGAAAGUAGGUGUUAAAUCUACAGCAUUGAGAUUUGGUGAUUCAACUAAGGAGUGGAUUACUGGGUUUGGAAUUAUGUGCAUCAGCAGUCUUGCCCUCAGUGGAUAUAAUGUUGAAAUUGGUUUUGUUUCCUCCUUUAUUUUCAUAUUCUAUUUGUUUUAUUUUUCUAAUUUUUUCUUUUACCGUUAUUGGAACUUCAAUCCAAUUCUUUUUCCUUCUGCCGCAUACUCACACCAAUCUUUCAACCAUGGAGCAGGGUGGCCAUACUAUGCAUUUUUGGCCGCUGCAUCUGGACAAUUAGCUUGGCAGAUUUGGACUGCCGACCUUUCAUCCCGUGUUGAUUGCAACAGAAAAUUUGUGUCGAACAAGUGGUUUGGUGCUAUUAUUUUCAGUGGAAUCCUAUUUGGAAAACUUUCAUCAUAGGGGUGGAAUUUUUUAGGAAAUUCCCAGAUUAAAUAAGUGGAGGCUGCAAGAUAGUUGAUAUGCCGCACCCGAAGUACAACAAUGAAGGAUAUGAAUAAUAUUGUCUUGACUAUUUGUGGUGGAGAGAUAAGUAUACUUUAAAAUAGACCCCUUUUUUGUAGGGGCAGAACAAUUUUGGCUAACAUAGGCGUCAAUGUUGUAACAUUCUUCUUUUUAGUAUAUGGGGGAUAUUGUUGUAAGACCGUUAUUUCCAGUUAACAUAUUGUUUGAUCUAAAAGGGGUUUUCCUC